AAAUGGGCGGGUGGGGGGGAGAAGCGGCGAAGGUGCGCGCGCGCCGCCCGCCCUCACGCUGAGGUAACGGGUAACGGCGGCGCGAGGAGCCAGACGGGCGGGAGCCGCCUCUGCCUCCCUCCCCUCAGGCGCUGCCCGUCGGGGGCCGGAGCUCCGCGCUGCCCCCCCGCCCCGCCCCGGCCGGCCGCCCCGCGGGGCGCUAUGAGCCAUGAAGCCACCCGGCAGCAUCGCCCCGCGGCAGCCCCGCUGUUGCGGCCGCCGCCUCCCCGCCGCCUGUCGCCCCGCGCUCCUGCCGCUCCUCGACCGCCUCGUCUGGCUGCUGCUGCUCCUGCUGCUGUUCCGCGGCUCCUCGUGCCCCCCGGCCGCCGCCGACCUGCAUUGGAAUGAAACAGCAGGCAGUAUAGAGGGAGUCCUGGCAGAUGAAGAGAGUACAUUUCAACAGAACAAAAGCAGCAGCAGUAAAAAUAACAGCUACAGCAAUGCAAUCCAGAAAGAAAUCACGCUGCCUUCAAGACUAAUCUAUUACAUCAACAAGGACUCUGAAACCCCUUACCACAUCCUGGAUACUAGAGCAAGGCACCAGCAGAAGCACAAUAAGGCUGUACAUCUGUCCCAGGCAAGUUUCCAGAUUGAGGCCUUUGACUCCAAAUUCAUCCUUGACCUCACUUUGAAUAAUGAUUUGUUAUCUUCCAAUUAUGUGGAGAUUCACUAUGAAGAUGGAAAACCGAAGUUUUCUAAGGGUGGAGAGCAUUGUUACUACCAUGGAAAUAUCAGAGGUGUCAAGGAUUCCAAAGUUGCUCUUUCAACUUGUAACGGUCUUCAUGGCAUGUUUGAAGAUAGAAAUUACCUGUACAUGAUAGAACCAAUGGAUUUGACCCACAGUACAGAAAGUAAAAGUAGGCCACAUAUCAUCCAGAGAACUUACGGAACACAAGCCUCCAAGCAGUUGCGGAACCUUGAGACUGAUUCUAGUUCUGAAUGGCCCUUUCUCUCUGAACUACAGUGGCUGAGGAGAAAGAGAAGAAAGAGAGCAGCAUCUCGUGGUAUCUUUGAAGAAAUGAAAUAUUUGGAGCUCAUGAUAGUCAAUGACCAUAAAAUGACACUGACUGGUGUCUCCUUGCAAGUUUUAUUUGUUAGAACUUCAGAAUACAAACACUCAAGGUUAUUUGCUUCAGAGUUGUCAGUGACUCAGAAGCAGUUCAAAAAGCAUCGCUCUUCAAAUGCAUACACGAACAAUUUUGCAAAAUCUGUGGUAAACCUUGUAGAUGCUAUAUACAAGGAACAGCUGAACACCAGGGUGGUCCUUAUUGCUGUGGAAACUUGGACAGACAGAGAUCGUAUUAAUAUUCACCCUGACCCACUGCAGAUGCUUCAUGAUUUCUCCAAAUAUCGACAACACUACAUCAAACAGCAUGCUGAUGCUGUGCACCUCCUCUCGAAUGUGACAUUUCAUUACAAAAGGAGCAGCUUAAGUUACUUUGGAGGGGUUUGUUCUGUCACCAGAGGAGUAGGAGUGAAUGAGUAUGGCCUCCCAUUGGCCAUGGCACAGGAAUUAGCACAAAGUCUUGCUCAGAACCUUGGAAUACAGUGGGAGCCAGCUGCCAGGAAACCGAAGUGUGACUGCACUGAAUCCUGGGGUGGUUGCAUCAUGGAGGAAACAGGGGUUUAUCAUUCCAGGAAGUUCUCCAAGUGCAGCAUUGCAGAAUACAAAGAAUUUUUACUUCGUGGGGGAGGUGCUUGUCUUUUCAACAAGCCAACAAAGCUCUUUGAAACUACUGAGUGUGGAAAUGGAUACGUAGAAGCAGGAGAAGAAUGUGAUUGUGGUUUCCGAAUGGAAUGCUAUGCAGACUGUUGUAAGAAGUGCUCUCUUUCUAAUGGAGCUCAUUGUAGUGAUGGACCCUGCUGUAAUACAUCAUGUCUUGUGAGUUUUUUUCCACGAGGCUAUGACUGUAGAUAUGCAGUGAAUGAAUGUGAUAUUGCAGAAUUCUGCACUGGAGAUUCUGGCCAGUGUCCACCAAAUCUUCGUAAACAGGAUGGAUAUGCCUGUGAUUCUAAUCAGGGCCGUUGCUACAAUGGUGAAUGCAAGACAAGAGAUAAUCAGUGCAAAUAUAUCUGGGGAUCUAAGUCCUCAGGAUCUGACAAAUUUUGUUAUGAGAAGCUUAAUACAGAAGGCACAAAAAAAGGAAACUGUGGAAAGGAUGGAGACCGAUGGAUUCAGUGUAGCAAACAUGAUGUUUUCUGUGGCUUUUUGCUCUGCACUAAUCUUACUAAAGUUCCACGAGUUGGUCAAGUUCAAGGAGAAAUUAUCCCAAACUCAUUUUAUCAUCAAGGACGAAUAGUGGACUGCAGUGGUGCUCAUGUUCUUUUAGAUGAUGAUACAGAUUUAGGUUACGUGGAGGAUGGAGCUCCCUGUGGUCCUCAUAUGAUGUGUCUGGACAAAAAGUGCCUGCCAAUUCAGUCCUUGAACAUAAGCAGCUGUCCCAUUGGUUCUAAUGGAAAAGUCUGUUCCGGUCAUGGGGUAUGUAGUAAUGAAGCCACUUGCAUUUGUAAUUUCUCUUGGGCUGGGACAGACUGCAGUAUUGACGAUCCUGUCAGGGAUACUGGUAACAAGAAGGAUGAAGGACCCAAGGGUCCUAGUGCCACCAAUCUUAUAAUAGGCUCCAUCGCUGGUGCCAUCCUGGUAGCAGCUAUUGUCCUUGGGGGGACAGGAUGGGGCUUUAAAAAUGUCAAAAAACGAAGGUUCGAUCCAAGUCAACAAGGCCCUAUCUGAAGAGAUGUAAUUCAAAAAGCUGCUUCUUGCACUACUGGAUUUUGGGUAUGGUAUCUUUGCUGUGGCUGUGCAGGAAUUAAAUCAAUAAGGAAGAACAUAAGAAACAAUAGCUACAACCACAAUGUUGGGAUGUUAGGAAAUGAGAAGAUAGAAAACUGUCCUUUUUGGAGAUAAGUUCAAAAUACUUCCUCCAUUCACCUUUCUCUUGUUAACAUUAACUGAUAAGCAUUACAAGCAAACAGUUUCACAAUCAGUUUUUUUUUUUUCCUUUUCUCAAACAAAGGAGGAGACACACAGACCAAGUACAAUGAGAGAACUAUUCCAAAAUAAUGAAAUAGCAAAAGAUUUUUUUCCCAGCCUGCUGGUACUCUAACUUCACCUGAGUUCGCAUGACUUCCUUUUUCUUAACAAACUCCUGUGGCAUGAGGAGCUAAUUACAAAAGGGUAACCUGCAUGGCUCACAUCACAAACAACUGACAUAGCAAGCUGACCCCAAGCAGAAUCUGCAGCCCGAUAAAUACAAACCACUGGAAAGUUGGUACCAGGCUCUGGCAAACCUCGCAGCCAUACAGCGUGCUCUGUCACUGGACUUCAGAGCUCCCUGCUCUGAGCUCACUGUCUGCUUUGUUUGGUCUCCUGGGCCAGGCGUCUGUUGGGUACGGAAGCUAUUGAGUGAUGGAUGUAGUUCUUCCAAGAAGGAAAAAGUGUAAAUAUGGAAAUAAGAUUUUUGAUGUAUCAUUUUCACAGAUUAUAUAUAUAGAGAGAGAGAAAAAGGAUUUCCAUAUAAAAAGGUUCUAUUCUUUACGUAAAUCUAUUUUUGAUGUUGGGUUUGUUUUUGUUUUCUUUGCUCCCCCUUUUUUCUGUAGCAUGUUGUACAGCGAGUGUUCUGGGCUUGCUCAAAAAAGGCAGAGAAUAGCAUGCAGAUGCAGGGAGUUCUGACACCAAACAUACAUGGUCUAAAGUUGGAAUGCUUGAAACCAAAAACAAUGAAAGUGUGUAAAUGCAUACCUACAUAUUGACUAUAAGUCUGGAUUACUUCUUAUUUUGGCUGUUUUUUGGCAGAUUUUCUGUAAUGCCAUGUCAGAAAGUGACACCCUCAAAUUAAUCACAAAAGUGCCAAGCUUUUUUUUUUUUAAACUAUAGCUUUGUGUGUUUUUGUCUAGGUUCUGUGAAAUACUUAAAUAAGCCUUAAAACACUCACAAUAUGAAAAGCUUGGAACAAGUUAUUCUUCUCUUCCCUUCUGCCCACCAAAACCAACUUGCAAAGAUGACUGACACUUCUGACUCACUCCCUGUAUCUCCUUGAUGCAUUCCACUUCUCCAGUUAUAAUGCAAAAUUAGUAUUUUGACACUUUGCUACUGAGACCUAGUAACAAAAUGUGCAAAAACCCCAUAUAAUUGUAGGGGGAGGUUGUGUUGUAAUUUUUUUUUUAGGUAUACCUUGUCUACAAACAGAUUUUUGCAGAGCAGCAGUACUGCUCCUGUAGUAACCAGGCUACCCUGGAUAUAUCUGACAUGAGAAAGGUAUGAAGCUAGUUUAGGACUCCCUUAAAGUAUAGAUCUGUAAGGUCUGGCUCACCCUUUUUAUCUUGAUUUAAAAAAAACUUACAUGAAAUAAAUUAUGUAAGUGAAGUGGCCUGAAAAUUUCAUUGCUAUAACAAAUAAUCAGAAUUAAAGAUUCUUCUGUAAUUUUUUUUAUUUAAAGGUUGAAUAUUAGUAACUAUGGAAGUCCACUUUUACAACAUAUUCCAUCUUUGUUCAGUGAAAAUCUCUCGAGUUAGCUUUAAGAGUCAGAACAUCAGAAAACAAUGCUGCAGAUAUCUUGUGACUUACAAAAAAAGUUAAAGAAGAAAAUCUUUCUCAUUUCAGUUAUAUGUCUUAUUAUGAUGUUGGAUCCAACAGUCUCACAAGAGAACUACAAUGUAUUGUUUUGGUUGACAGUUAUUAUUAAAUGUUUCUAAACAGCUUUAACAUAAUCACAUUAAACACUUACUACAUUAUGGAUUAAAGGUGCUGCACACAGGUAGUCAAUAUUGACAUAUACUAUAAAUCAUAUUCUGAAAAAUUCCUGCCUGACUUCAAGCAGAAUAAAGUUAGUGACAAUAAUUCUAUGGCAAACCAAAAACACUUGCAAAUAUAUCAUUGUCCUCUAAACUUAGUUUUCUUGGGAACAUAAUCCCCAACUUUAAGAGUUCUGCUCCCAAAGUAGGCAUAACCCCAACUGAAAUACCAGUGGUUACCAAUAAUUACAUAAACUCAACUGAAUAUAUUUAAACUACCUGUGUAAUAAACCUUUGAGGAGCAUUUCACAAACAACAUUGUAAAUGUGCGAUGUGAUGUUUUAAAUCAGACCACAGUGGUCCCCAAAUACUAUGUACAUAUAUUCAGUGCUGGAGUAACUUUUAAUUUACACCAGCAGUUUCAUAUGAAUUAUGAUUUCUUGACCUAGUUUCUGCUCCACUCACCAGCCGUUGCCUGUAUGUGGAAGAACACAUUUGCUUUCUGCCCUGUGUGUACAGAAUGUAAGUGAUAACACGGCACAGAGUGGGUCCAGGUUGAAGUGCUUUCUGUGGUAUUAGACAAUAAAAGCUGUUUUAGCUAGGUGUUGAUUUUCUACAUCAUGUCUUUGCCGUGCUUUGGAAAGUAAGUACGCAUUUAAUUUGUUCAUCACAGCGCCAUCAAAAGAAGAUACGGUCAGCAAUGUUUGCAUUUUGCCCACUGUAUAUUUGCUCCAUUAUUUAUCUGUUCAUCUGGACAAGAAACUGGUAACUAUAGCUCAUUCCCGUUUGCUGCAUGAUCUCACUGAAUUGAUCUGAUCCUCCUAAAAGAGAAGUCUGCUAGGCAAAUUAACAGACGUAUAGGUGCAUGUUAAAAGAAACAGAUUACUUAAGGCUGGAAUUUAACAAGUUUUUCUUUACUAUGCAAAGAUGGGUAUUGCACAAACAAAUUCAAGACAAAUGUCUGAGGAAAUGCCAUAGAAUACUUGAAGUUAUGUUUUAAGCCUACUCAGUCAUGUUUUAUAUUCAUUAUUGCUACCACUGUUAUUCUUUCUUUUAAAAGUGAUUUGUAAUUAUUUUUUUUCAGUGCACAACUUGAUGUUAUAAAUCAUUUUUUGUUUGUGGUUAAUACUCAUUCAUAUGUUGUUGGCUGCUAACGAAUGGGAAUUCAAUAGUCUUUGUUCUGCAUCUUAGCAAGAUGAGCAUUAAAAACAUCAUGAACAUGGAA